CGCUAUAAAUAUACCUUUCCCUGUGUUUGCAAAGGUUAUUUGUUGUCUUAAGUGUUACGUCAAGGAGGAUUAAGGUAAUAGGCUUUCAUCCAUGCAGGCCAUGGGCAUGUGCCGCCCUCACAGGCCUAUUUCACAUGCUCCUCCAGGAAUAUGGACGCCUAUCGUGUCACAUUGCAUGUCGUGUUGUUAUUUUAUCUCAUCACCCCCGGAUCGACCACCUGUCCGAGUGGCUGCUCCUGCACAGAUGAUAACUUGGGAAGGUCUUUACUAUGUAUGGAAACCUCCAUGGGACAAAUCCCACAACAUAUCCCACGCGAUGCCACGAAAAUACGAAUCGAAAACUGCCACCUGACGGAGUUACCGCAGCAAUCUUUCUCUAAAGUUAGCGCCUUGGAGUUCCUUUGGCUGAAUUUCAACGAGAUCACCCUGAUGAACAUUAAAAGCCUGGAGGGACUGGACAGCCUGACAGAGCUGCGGCUACAGGGCAACAAGCUGACUUCAGUGCCGUGGACGGCGUUUCAGGACGUGCCCAAACUCAAGAUUUUGGACCUGAAGCACAAUCAACUCGAUGUCCUCCCUGAACACGCUCUGAGACACCUAUCUGCCCUGACCUACUUAGAUUUAUCCUUCAAUCAGCUCGGUGUCAUUACUAAAGAUGUUUUUGUGAACUGGCCUCUUUACCAAAGAGCAGAAAAAGAAUGGGGGAAAGAAGGACUGGUGUCCAACGUGGUUCUGGCCCUGCACGAAAACCCCUGGUUGUGCGACUGCCGCCUCAAAGGCUUUGUUGAAUUUAUCAGGACGAUCAGCACUCCCAUCAUUCUGAUGAAUUCUUACUUGAUGUGCUCGGCUCCCGCCUCCGAAGCCGGCAAGUUUUUCCACGAGAUCCAGUUAAAGUCCUGCAUGAAGCCGGAGGCGACUGCCUCGGAGAAUAACAUCACUUUACCUCUCGGAGCAAACGCAACGCUCACAUGCUUAGUCAAGGCUCGACCAAGCCCGACCGUUCAGUGGAUGUACAGUCAAAAGAUUAUCAGAGGAUUUACCGCCGCCGAGACUCACAUAGAUGCAGACACUGUCACCUCCCAGCUGCUGAUUCCCUCUCUUCACCUGGCGGACCGAGGUAUCUACACCUGCACGGCCCACAACUUCAUUGGCAACUCCUCAGUGAGCAUCGUGGUCAACAUAAGCUCCCCCAACUCCACCGCUCCACUCCCUCCCCCCGUCCCCAUGUUGUCGACCGAGGAAAACGCCUACAUUGACAUACGCAUCGCCAAGCAGACAGUGUAUGGCAUCACCCUCGAGUGGUACGCUGUGACCGACAACCCUGCAGAGACCUGGUUCACCAUCCACUUUGGCAAAUACGAUUCGCCGAAGAAGGAGAUGAUCUACAUCGGCCCUGGCAUCAACAGCUACUCUGUCAGCGACUUGCUCCCUGUCACCAAAUACAAGGUCUGCGUGUCCCUGAAGAACCACCCGCCGAGGGAAGGCCAGUGCAUCGUCUUCGUGACAGGAAGUGACAUCAGUGAGCUGGAGCAAAGAGAGAGACUCAUCCACAUCGUAGUCAUCGUGUGCGCCAUGGUGCUGGCAGUGCCGGCCGGCAUGUUUGCCUGCACCACAGAGGGCAGGUUCAGCUGCAUGGAGCGCUGCCUGGAUCUGUGGAAGAAGCACAGGCGACGCAGAGAGAACCUGCAGAGAGCCGAGAGGCAGGGAACCUUUGACAGCCUGCAGGCCACGAGCGAGGAAGGUCUGUGCAGGGACUCAGAAGAAAGACCAAAGAAGAAGGACGAAAGGUGCAAAGGAGGGAGUCAAGCUCACCUGUACUAAAGAACUGCACAUGCAUGUACACAUUUGAGUGUAGCCCCAGUUUGUGCCUCUUUUAAAUGACAUAACUAUACUUCAGAGAUUCUCAACAGCAAUAGUCAGUGUGAUCAAAUUUGAAUUCUUUGACUCCCAGUAAAAUACCUUGUCUGCUUUUGUUUUUGAAAUGCUUUGACAAGUAGAAGCUGUGUUCUACUGUGUAGGCAACACAAGAAAAAAAAUAAAAAGUCCCUUAGUCCCUUUUAAAAAUAAAACAUUAACAUCUGUACUGAGGAAUAGAUAAUGGUGAGUUCUUUAAAUUGGUUUAAGCUGCAAAAAUCCCAAAAACUGCAUGAAAAACUGGGGUUUCUUUCUUUUUUUGAACCCAGAUACAUCGUGUAAAGCUGUGACUUAAUUGUUCUUCAGAACAGACGCAGACACAUGACCAGUUGAAAAUGGAGGCCUUCCUCCCUCGUUAUACAGGGAGUUUGUUUUUGUCUGUGUGAAUGUGCUUAAAUGUAUGAUAAUAUCAUAACUACUAUAUAAAAUGUAUUUACUUUGUCAGAGUCUUGUGGACAGAAUACAGAGACAUGCAUUUAAAUUAAACAUGUGUAUAAUCAACACAGCACAAUGUCUCUGCUGGUUACUUUGAUAUUAAGUUUAUGUUUCAGUGGAUUAAUAUUUCAAGAUGAAAUUGAAAUUCAUUUCCACUGUCUUAAGAUUUGCUGUCAGAAAACAAAAAUCAUGUUGGGUGUGGAUUAAAGGAAAGCCAAAGACGAA